UUUUAACUUCUUGCAUCACAGACCAACACAGACUUUAUGGAAAGCGAGCUACUGAGGCAAAGGUUUGUGGCACAGCUUCAGGCCUCAGCAUCUGCAGCUGUUCAUCUCAUGCGUUACUGCUUUUGGGGGCCUGGAUCUAAACUCCCGCCGGGUAAAGUGGCACUGCUCUGACUCUAUGAAAAGUGGUGUAGAUCAGUCCAGACUGAAUCAUAAGAAGAAAACAUCCCCUCUUAACUACAAGGAACGAUGGUUUGUUCUCACCGAGGAAAAAAUAGCCUACUAUGAUUAUGAUGCUGACAAAGCGAAGCGAAAAGGUUUGAGAGGGUCUGUUGAUAUCGAGAAGAUCAAAUGCGUGGAAACAGUUCAGCCGGAGCCCAAUGCCCCACAGGAGCGCAAAUUUGCAUUCCAGAUUGUUUACGAUGAAGGGCCGCUGUACAUUUUUGCAAAGACUGAAGAUGUUCGAGCUCUGUGGAUAAAGAAACUUAAACAAUUGGUGCGCUACAACAAAGACGUGAUGCAGAAGUACCAUCCGUGUUUCUGGGUUGAUGGGAUGUGGCUGUGCUGCAAGCAGGAAGUUAAACUAGCCAUGGGCUGCACAGUACUGGAUACAAAGAACGGUUUUAAAACUGCAGGAUCGAAUCGAAGGUUAUCAAGAAAACCGCUUCCACCAACCCCUACAGAGGAAAAGCUAGAUCGCCCUUUGCCAGCACAACCUCUUGAACAGCCUGCUCCCUCAGCUAGCAUGACAGUCAUAGCUGAGUAUGAUUACACACCUAUGACACCGCAGGACCUAGAACUGAGGAAAGAUGAAGAGUACACCAUCCUGGAGAAGUCUGAUGUGAACUGGUGGAAAGCCCGAGACAAAUAUGGAAAGGAGGGUUACAUACCAAGUAAUUAUGUUGUGGAAGCAGAAAACGGGCUUGAAAGAUUUGACUGGUAUUGCAAGAACAUGAACCGUAGCCAAGCAGAACAGCUGCUGAAGUCUGAGAACAAAGAUGGAGGUUUCUUAGUACGAGACUCAAGCAAGGCCGGGAAAUACACAGUCUCCUUGUUCACCAAGGGUGGUGGGGAAAUAAGCGGAAGCUGCAGACAUUAUAACAUCUGCACAACUUCUCAGGGACAGUUUUACUUGGCAGAGAAGCACAAUUUCAGCACUAUCCCAGAGCUCAUCAACUAUCACCAACACAACGCAGCAGGUAUGGUUAGCAGGCUGAAAUACAUUGUAUCUAACAGGGCAAGGCCUCCUUCAACUGCAGGGCUUGGCUAUGGUGUGUGGGAGAUAGACCCUCGCUGCCUCACAUUCAUUAAGGAGCUGGGCAACGGUCAGUUUGGAGUGGUGAAGUAUGGGAAGUGGCAGGGUCAGCAUGAUGUGGCCAUCAAAAUGAUCAAAGAGGGCUCCAUGUCAGAGGAUGAUUUCAUCGAAGAAGCAAAAAUCAUGAUGAAGCUUCGCCAUGAGAACCUGGUGCAGCUGUACGGCGUCUGCACCAAACAACGACCGAUUUAUAUCGUGACGGAGUUCCUUGCCAACGGGUGUCUGCUGACGUACCUGAAGGAGGGCCUCACGCAGCACCCGACGAACGUCCAGCUGCUUGAGAUGUGUAAAGAUGUCUCUGAGGGCAUGGCCUACCUUGAGUCGCAACAGUACAUUCACAGAGACCUGGCUGCCAGGAACUGUUUAGUAGAUUCAAAUGGAACCGUCAAAGUGACUGAUUUUGGUCUCUCAAGGUAUGUUUUAGAUGAUGAGUACACAAGCUCAGCGGGAUCCAAGUUCCCGGUCCGCUGGUCACCACCUGAGGUCCUUCUCUACUGUAAAUUCAGUAGCAAAUCAGACAUCUGGGCAUACGGAGUGCUGAUGUGGGAGGUUUACACUUUGGGUCGACUUCCCUACGAACGUCUAAACAACACGGAAAUAGUAGAUCAGGUUUCCCGGGGCCUGCGUCUUUACCGCCCUCAGCUGGCCAAUGAAAAGGUGUACAGCAUUAUGACAAGCUGUUGGCACGAUAAAGCAGAUGAACGACCCACCUUUCAAGAGUUGUCAUUGACUGUUCAGGACUUGCUCUACGAGCUCCAGUAGACCUCAGAAUAAUCUGUCCACACCAGCAGCUCAGUCUGACCCCUGCAGAGAAGCAUGUCCAUGUAUCCCUGCAAAGUUCUACUAACUGUUUAAUUAACAGGUCUAACUUGAGGCUAAAGCGUAAUGUGAAUAUAUGUUUUGUGAUAGUUUUAAUUACUUGUUUCUUAGUCUUUACAUCACACCAGUAAACAUAUCAUAUAGACUGUGUAUAUGUCACUGACCCCUGAAGGAUUCAAAUCUGUUUCAAGUAUAUUCUGUGUAAUAUAUUCUAUUAAAUCUUUGUGAAAUAUAGACACCUUUGUAUUUGAAAACAAUCUCUGUAAGCUCAUCUGUAUUGCACAAAUAAAAGCCAAGUAUCCCAGGCUUUGAAAUGUCUAAAGCAUAAUGUGACGAGAAGAUGGCUGAAAAGGAUGAACAAUGUGCUGUGCUCCACGUUUACAGCAGUAGCUUAAGGG